AGCAGAGGUGAGUCGAGUGCGGGACAAAAAAAAAAGAAGCGUGUAUGUAUUAAAAUUGAAACAAAAAGAUCUAGAAAAAACGUGUCCACGGCGCAAUUAGCGUGCUCCUGCGGCGGCUGGCAGGCGAUUUACGCAUUGAGUGCGGACAAGUAAACCCAAUCGAAAACCCACGGAUUAAGUGGUCUGCUGUGCGAAUUAAGCCCAUCCACAACGGUGAACCUUUCGGCCAAUAGUCCAAAUUAAGCCUCCUGCCCACAGAAUUAAGUCCACAGUGUGACGCCCCCACCAACAAAAGCUUCUUCAUGAUGUCGUCGGAUCAACAGUUCUUUCUGAAAUGGAACGAUUUUCAAACGAAUAUGGUGACCUCGUUCCGUCACUUGCGCGACGAGAAGAGCUUCACAGAUGUUACACUCGCCUGCGAGGGUCAAACCUGCAAAGCCCACAAAAUGGUGCUUUCGGCUUGCAGUCCCUACUUCAAAGCGCUACUAGAGGAGAACCCGUCUAAGCACCCGAUUAUCAUCCUGAAAGAUGUCUCUUACAUCCACCUACAGGCUAUACUGGAGUUCAUGUACGCCGGCGAGGUGAACGUGUCCCAGGAACAGUUGCCAGCAUUUCUUAAGACCGCCGAUCGCCUCAAAGUGAAAGGCCUGGCAGAGACACCCAGUUCAAUAAAGCGGGAGGGUUGAUGGUAUUAAACAAUAAAACAAACAAGAAAAAAAAAAAAAAAUACAUAAAAAUAACAACAACCAACUAUAAGAAACUUAUAUGUAUGCAAGAAAACAAAAUUCCAAACAGAGAUGAAAGAGAAAACGUAACAUUUGGUAUACAAAUUCAUGUAAGAGUACACUAGGAGGAAGAUGAACACCAAGAGACAACCACACAAAGCUGACAGAUUCAAAUGAUUAGCCUGUAAAGUAAAGGUGGUGGCCAAAUCCACCCGCCCACUCCCACACACCCACUCAUUCACAUCUGACCUUCCGAUUUGCAAAACCAGAAAAAAGAAGAACAACACUUACCCACGCCCCCACAGAACUUGAUUUGAAUUUUGUAUUCGUUUGAUUUCUGCAUAAAAUAGUUUGUAAUAUAUUAUUAACAACUACAAGAAACGAAACACACCACUCUGUAUAAAUGAAACGAUAUGGACAGCCCCUAAACAAAACAAAAAACGCACUUUUGUAAAGUAAUUAAAAAAGGAUUCAUUAAAAAUAUAUAAAGAUAAUUAUAAAUAUAGUGUGAAAUGUGCAAGUAGAAGGAAAAAGCCACAACGGGCGCGAAUAUUACAACACAUUCGGUUAGUUUUUAAGCCACUAACUACAACCCCAGACAUGCCACGCCUCCAGACAGACAAAACUCAUUUUCAUCUAAACUUAAACAAUAAAAUAGAAACAAAUGCAAAAUUGUACUUUAAUUUUUGUGUGUGGACAUACGCGACCUAUUUUCAAAUUUUUCAAUAUACACGAGAUAUAUUUUAAUAACUAACGAAAAGAAAACGUUUCAUGUGAAGCUAUCAAUUCUACUUAGUUAAAGAAAAGAGUAAGAAUCGAUAGAAAGAAAAAUAAAACUUGAGUAAAAACUA